GUGGGCGGGCGGGAGCGUUGGGGGAGUUUUUCGCGCGCGGUGCCGCCGCCAUGCGGGAGCGGAGGCCGGCACCGGCCGCCCCGGCCCGCUGCAAGCUGGUGCUGGUGGGCGACGUGCAGUGCGGCAAAACGGCCAUGCUGCAGGUGCUGGCCAAGGACUGCUACCCCGAGACGUACGUGCCCACCGUGUUUGAGAACUACACGGCGUGUCUGGCCAGCGAGGAGCAGCGGGUGGAGCUGAGCCUCUGGGACACCUCCGGCUCCCCCUACUAUGACAACGUGAGGCCCCUCUGCUACAGCGACUCGGACGCCGUCCUGCUCUGCUUUGACAUCAGCCGCCCUGAGACCCUUGACAGCGCUGCCAAGAAGUGGAAGACAGAAAUCCUGGAUUAUUGCCCCAACACGCGGGUGCUGCUCAUCGGCUGCAAGACGGACCUGAGGACAGACCUGAGCACCCUCCUGGAGCUCUCGCACCAGAAACAGGCCCCCAUCUCCUACGAGCAGGGCUGUGCCAUGGCCAGGCAGUUGGGAGCCGAGGGGUACCUGGAGUGCUCGGCCUUCACCUCGGAGAAGAGCGUCCACAGCAUCUUCCGGACCGUGUCCGGCCUCUGCCUCAGCAGAGCCCCCCAGCAGCCCCCCCAGAGCCCCCCCCGCAGCCUCUCCAAGAGACUCCUGCACCUGCCCAGCCGCUCCGAGCUCAUCUCCAACACCUUCAAGAAGGAAAAGGCAAAAAGCUGCUCUGUCAUGUGAAGGGGGGGGACAGGAAUGACCCUCCCCCCCCCUUCCAGCCCCCUCCCGAGUCCCCAGGGUGGGAUGGGGGGGCUGGACAGGGCCCCGGACCCCCCACCCCCUGAGGAGGAGGGGGUGCUGCUGCCCCCCCAUCACACCAUUGCCCUGCCAGCCCCGGCCUGGGGGGCUGCCCCUGUGGGGAGGGGGGCCUGGGGGGCUGCUCAGCACCUGGGUCCCCGUGGGGUUUGGGGUGCACAGAACCCUGGAAACACUAACCCAGGGACGUCCCCUUGGGGUUUGGGGUGCACAGGGACACGGGGACACGGUCCUGGGACGUCCCUGUGGGAUUUGGGGUGCACAUCAUGGGGCUCAUCCAUGGACUCAUCCUGUUUUCCCCACCCCUCAUCCACUGCUUGGCCCUGGGGGGGACCCCGGCGGGUUGGGGGGUGCUGGGGGGGAGUUGUUUUAUGGACUGUCUGGGGUGGGGGGGGUGUCUCUGUUCCAUGUCAGUGUUCUUAAAAAGCUUAUUUAUUAUCAGAAAUAUAACACCCACCUACGUGCA